ACGCCAUUGCCUCUUGUAUCCUCACGUUCCUCGCAAUCUCUCUCUCACCCGCUGUCUAUCAUUUUGUUCACCUCGAACUCAUACUUGUGGAGAACUCGGAUUAACUCAUGUUGGGUCACGUGUUGUUCUCAAUGGGUGGAUUCAAGCUGUCAGGAAACUAUCUCCAGAACUCGUAUUUGUUCCGAUUCGUGAUUCAUAUGGUACCACUCAAUUAAUUUACAGGAAAGGGACGAACGACUCGUCCACUGAACUAAAGAAAAUUAUUGAUACAUUAUCGAAUGAGAGCGUGGUCUGUGUUGAGGGCAUGGUUGUCGCCAGAUCCGAUGACGUGAUUGAUAAGCAAACAUCGACAGGAGAGAUUGAAGUUGAGAUGGAGAAAUUAUAUGUAUUAAACGAAGCCAAGAACUUGCCUUUUUACCCAUCAGGAAAGAAAUUGCUUAAAGAGGAUCUUCGUCUACGGAAUAGACACAUUGAUCUUCGGCAGCAUUCCCUGCAACAGAACCUACGAAAAAGAUCACUUGCUGGAUGGAUCAUUCGAGAUUUUUUAAUUCAAAAAGGCUUUACGGAGGUUGAGACACCAAUUCUUUUCAAGCAUACAUCAGAAGGCGCUCGAGAGUUCAUUGUACCCACACAGAACGUUGGGAUGUUCUAUGCCCUAACACAAAGUCCUCAACAGUACAAACAGCUUCUAAUGGCAUCUGGAAUAGAUAGGUACUUCCAGAUAGCCAAGUGUUUCCGAGAUGAAGAUUUACGUGCUGACAGACAGCCCGAAUUUACCCAAAUAGAUCUAGAACUUUCAUUUGCCUCGGCGAACGAUAUCAGAAAACUGGUCGAAGAAUUGAUUGCCAGAAUUUGGAAACAACUUCUUCAUUAUGGCACCGAUAAACCAGAUACAAGAUACGGAAUGAAGAUCUCGGAUAUCACAUCCUACUUCCCAGACGCUCCAUGGAACUCUUCUAAUACUAUUGAAUACCUUGUAAUAAAACAUGGUGGUUCUCUCACCGGGAGUGAAAUUAAAUCGCUUCAGGCCGUUGCUAAAUCCCAAUCUGAUGAGGGCAAGAAUGAGAAUAAUAAGUACUUGGAUUUCAUCAAGGUUAAUCCAUAUAAUAUCGAGUCAUGGAUGGCGAAAACAUACGUUGGCAAGAAAAUAUCAAACGCCGAAGAGAUCGCGAGAAGAAUGUUACGCGAUGAGGAUAUUGAAGUUGGAGAUCUAAUUGUCUUGGGGAUGAGAGAUAGAUUUAUCUCGGGAGGAUGGACACCGAUGGGGCGUGUACGUUCACACGCAAGCUCUCUUUUGCAAAAGAAAGGUCUCUUGUCGAUACCUCAAUCUCAAUAUGACUUCCUCUGGGUUGACUCGUUCCCCCUCUUUACCCGCGAGAAAGAGUCCAACACUCUCAGUUCGACCCAUCAUCCGUUCACAGCUCCAUGCCCUGAAGACUUGGAAUUGUUAAACUCUGAUCCUGAAAAAGUUGGAGGUGGAUCAAUUCGAAUACAUUCGCCAGAAUUGCAGGCGAUGGUCUUGGAGAAUAUAUUAAAAUUGAAUGCAGAAGAAAGAAACGCCUUCAAACACCUGAUAGACGCUCUUGGACAUGGAUGCCCACCACAUGGAGGUAUCGCACUAGGCUUUGACAGGCUGAUGGCCAUAACCUGCGGUACUAGUUCAAUACGGGAUGUAAUAGCUUUUCCCAAGUCUUCCUCCGGCAGCGAUCUUCUUGUUUCUAGUCCGUCCACGAUUUCCAAGUCGCACCUUGCAGAAUACGGGCUCAGACUAACAACUGAUGACGAUUAG